AUGCAAAAUUAAGCUGAAAAAUUGGUAUUUUCAGAUUUGAAUUCAGUCUUUACAAGUAGCAAUUGUGGAUGGAAUUUAGCUACAGUAACACAAUGUGGAGCAACUGAUUUAACAGAGUUUUCAAAUUAAAGUGCUAUGGGGUUUUUCGGUUUAGGCGCUACUACUUCUUCAAAAGUGUACACAGGUAUACCGCCUCAUUGGAGUCUUUCUGUCAGAUUUGACCUAAUACUUUACUUAACUUUAGAUCCCAAUGAUUUAAUCUUAGUAUAAAUUGACUAAAAUAGUUAAAAUAAUGAUGGCUAUACUAAAGAUGCUUUUUAUAAUGGGUAUAAAACUUGUAUUCCUUCAAAUUAGUUUGGUGACGAAUUAGUACUUUACUAUAGAAACAUAACACACACAGAUUCAAAUUUAAAAAUUGUUAUCUAAUCUAUUACAGAUUAAUCUAUAUCAGAUGAAGGUUUUGGAUUUAGAAAUUUUUAUAUCUACGUUGAUACUUGUCAUGAUUCCUGCUUAACUUGCAAUGGACCUACUGCAACUCAGUGUUUAACUUGCCCACCCAAUUCUACUUAAAAUGGAAAUACCUGUACAUGUAUUUCUGGAUAUUAUGCUCAGAAUAAUUCUUGCAUAUAAACUUGUUAACCAGGUUUUAUUUAAGAUUCUACUGGAAAACUUUGUGUUUAGGAUUUUUGCUACGCUAUUCAAUGCCAAUCUUGCUAAAAUGGUUUAUGCACUUAAUGUUAGCCUGGAUUUUAUUUAUUAAAUGGGUAGUGUCUAGCUAAUUGUCCUUCUUUCUCUACAUAAACUGGACAAUAGUGUGUUGAUUUGAUAACUUAAAUAAAUAAUGGAAGUUAUUUAUUGAAGAGUAUGUUUAAUACAUAUUUUAGUGAGAGUGAAAUUGUAGGAUCUGGCUUAACUACUUUUGGAUUUUUAGGAUUUAUUAACACCUCUAGCAGAGCACUAACAACUGUAUGUAAUGGGUACAGUUUACUAGGUGGUGCCUAUCUAAGUUCUCAAAAUUCUUACAUAUAAAGAAAAUUUACAGGAUUGUAACCUCAUUGGUAAGUGAUUAUUGGAUACACUUUGUAUAAAAUAGAUUCAUGGAAUAAUGAAAAUGUGCAAUUAAUUGUAGAUGAAAAUGUAAUAGUUACUACAUAAAGAAACAUAAACGAUGGAGUAGCAAAUAUAUGUGGAAGAGUAUCUAUCAACGAUUAAAUUAUCAAAAUUUAAUAAACAUUUACUCAUGCUAGUUCUUCUCUUAGCUUAUUAAUAAAAAGUAAUUUAAAUAGUGAUCCAUUUACAGAAUCUUAUGGAAUUAGAGAGCUCUAUGUAUUAGUUGAUUAUUGUUCUCCUAAUUGUAUAACUUGUAAUGCUUAAGGUUGUAUUAAAUGCUAAAGUAACUAUUAUCUUUAUAAUUUUAAAUGUAAUACCGUUUGUCCAAGUGGUUAUGCCCCCGAUUCAAAUUAAGUUUGUCAACUUUGUGAUCUCUCAUGUUAAACUUGUUCAAAACCCUAGGACAAUACAUCUUGUUUGAGUUGUAACCCUAAUCAUUAUCUCAAUCCAAAUAAAACUUGUUAAAAUACAUGUCCUUCUUCAUAUUGGAAAAACAACUCAAAUUGGUAAUGCUCAGCUUGCGAUUCUACAUGUUUUAACUGCUAAAGUCCAGGUGAUUCAAAUUCAUGUACAAGCUGCAGUGGCUACCGUUUUUUAACAUCAAAUAAGUGCUUAAUAAAUUGCCCUUCUAACACAUUUCCAAAUAUAUAAACGAAUAACAAUAUUUGUUAACCAUGUGAUUCAUCUUGCAAAACCUGUGACGGACCUAAUAGUAACAACUGUUUAAGUUGUAAUGCUCCAUAAUUUUUUUUGCAAAGCACUAAAACUUGUGUAUUAUCAUGCAAUCCAAAUUAGUAUAAAAACAUUAGCAAUCAAACAUGUUCCUCUUGUGAUUAUUCAUGCAGUACAUGCUCAGGUCCCAGUUACACUAACUGUCUCUCCUGUUCAGGAAAUACAUUUUUAUAUCAAAAUUAAUGUAUUGCAAAUUGUCCUGUAAAAUAUUUUAAUAAUGCAUCUAACAACUAGUGCACAGCCUGUGAUUAUACCUGUUAAUAAUGCAAUGGUACUGCUCCUAAUAAUUGUCUUUCUUGCCAAUUACCAAGAUAUUUUGAUCCAACAUCAAAUUCAUGCCUAAUGACUUGCAAUUCAAACCAAUACCAUGAUUUAAACUCUAACUUAUGCAAGUAAUGUGACUCUUUAUGUUUAACUUGUAACGGACCAUUAAUAUCAAACUGCACAAGCUGCAGAUAAGGGUUGUUUUUACAAAAUAAUAUAUGUAAGCCAAUAUGUGAUGGUUCUUAUUAUGGUGAAACUCUCACUAAUACAUGCAAUCCAUGUGAUUCAACCUGUCUAACUUGUGAUGGACCUAACAGUAAUAACUGCUUGAGCUGCUAAGCUCCAAAUUUAUUUUAUCAAUAAGGUUCGAAAACUUGUGUUACACAAUGUAAUUCGAAUUAAUUUAAAAAUACUGCAAAUUAAACAUGCUCUCUUUGUGACUCAUCGUGCAGUACUUGUUAAGGGCCUAGCUACACUAACUGUCUAUCUUGCACAGGAAAUACUUAUUUAUAUUAAAAUUAAUGCAUCUUAAAUUGCCCUUCAAACUAUUAUGGAAAUAAUUAAAAUAAAUAAUGUACUUAAUGUGAUCCUACAUGCUAUUUAUGCAAUGGUGGUGCUAACAACAAUUGUCUUUCUUGUCAAAAUGGCAGAUAUUUAGAUUAAACAUUAAAAUAAUGUGUUUUAAAUUGUAAUUCUAAUUAAUAUGUUGAUGCCAACUCUGGUUAGUGUAUGUAAUGCCACUCUUCUUGCUAAACAUGUAAUGGUCCAUUAAUAUCUAACUGUAAAAGCUGUAAAUCAGGACUAUUUCUACAAGAUAGCUAAUGUAAACCAAUAUGUGAUGGUUCUUAUUUUGGAGAUGUUAUGACAAAUACUUGUUAACCAUGUUUUAAUUCUUGCAAAACUUGUGAUGGACCUAACAAUAAUAAUUGUUUAAGUUGUUUAGCUCCUAGCUUAUUUUUCUAACAAAGUUCUAAGACUUGUGUAUCAACAUGUGAAAUAAAUUAAUUUAAAAAUACAAACAAUCAAUCUUGCUCUUCUUGCCAUUCAACAUGUAGCACAUGUUCAGGCCCUAACGACAUUAACUGUUUAUCUUGCUAAGCAAAUUCCUUUUUAUAUCAAAAUUAAUGUUUAUCUAGUUGUCCAAUAAAAUAUUAUGGUAAUACUUAAAAUAAUUAGUGCUCUCCAUGCGAUCCUACAUGCUAAACAUGUAAUGGUAGUGGUUCCAAUAACUGUUUAUCUUGCUAAUUAUAGAGAUAUUUUGAUCCGAAAACAAAUUAAUGUGUUCAAAUAUGUGAUUCAAACUAAUACCCAGAUAUAAAUUCAGAUUCAUGUAAAUAAUGUGAUAGUUCAUGUUUAACAUGCUCUGGACCUUCCUCUUCAGAUUGUGCAAGUUGUGAAUAAGGUACAUUUUUGCAAAAUGGUUAAUGCAUUUAAACUUGCGAUGAUUCUUAUUAUAUGAUUCCACAAAGUAAUAUUUGUUAAAAAUGUGACUUAAACUGUAAAACAUGUACUGGAACUUCUUAAUUUGAAUGUCUCUCAUGCAGUCCUAGUUUAUUUUUUUUGAAAAAUGCUUGCCUUACAGACUGUCCUGAAAACUAUUAUCCUGAUUUGUAACAGUAAGAAUGCUUUGAAUGUCAUCAAAUUUGUAAACAAGGAUGUAGUGGUCCGCUUUAAGAAGAUUGCUUUUCAAUUAAAUAUUAAUAUUAAAUUAUAUUGUAUAUUUUGGCUUGUAAAAGCUUUAUUUGGAUAGUUUCUACUAUAAUUGGAUAUCUUUAAGAUAAAUAAUAAUCUUAAAUAUUUAUCAAAAUAGUAGAUUAACCUCAUACAGUAGAUAGUGACAGUCCUUCUAAAAAAAGUUAAUAGAAGGAUAAUGAUUAAACUUAUUUUGAUAGAUAUAUAAACUAGUAAAGUCCAAAAAAAAUAAACAUAGAACAAAGUUUUAAUUUUUAAUAAUAAUAACAACAACUUGAUUAAACAUAAAUUUAGUAAUUGUAAACAAACUAAAAUUUGGAUAACAAAAUUAUAAAAACUAAGAGAAGACCUAGAAAAAUUAUACACAAAAAUAUAUUUUAUGAGAGAACUUAAACAUUUAAGGAUAUCUGUGAAGCUAAUUUUAGCUAAGGAACUCCAAAUUUAGUAAAAAGCAUAAGUAAGAUGUCUAGUACAAAUUUUAAUCUAAUUUCUUCAUCUCUUGCUAAAGAUGAAAAAGAUUUAGAUAAAUAAGAAGAAACUAUUCAAUAGCCUUUAGAAAAGUAUAUAGCUGACUAAAAACUUAAAUUCACAAUUGUAAAUUUAUUUUUUAAUUUAAAAAGAUAGGGUUAUAAUUUAAAAUUUUGCAUUUUAUAUAAUCAAAAUCAAAUCUAUUAAAUAAUCCUAAAAAAACUAUACAUUUAAAACAAUACUAAUACCCUCCCUAUAAAUGAUAUUAAUAAUUAUUAUAAUUAAAUAUUAGUUAGGAAAUGA